UCAUCUGAUGCCAAGGCUGAAGGAGUCUCGCUCCCAUGAGUCAUUGCUCAGCCCCACUAGCGCUGUGGAAGCCCUGGACCUAAGCAUGGAGGACGAGGUCGUCAUCAAGCCGGUUCACAGCAGCAUCCUCGGCCAGGACUUCUGCUUUGAGGUCACCACCUCCACGGGAAGCAAAUGUUUUUCAUGCCGCUCGUCGGCCGAGAGAGACAAAUGGAUGGAGAAUCUGCGCAGGGCGGUGCACCCCCUCCAGGACAACAGUCGCCGGGUGGAGAAUCUGCUGAAGCUCUGGAUCAUCGAGGCCAAGGACCUGCCGGCCAAAAAGAAGUACUUCUGCGAGCUGUGCCUGGACGACUCGCUCUACGCGCGCACCACCUGCAAGCUCAAGGCGGACAACGUCUUCUGGGGGGAGCACUUUGAGUUCUACAACCUGCCCGCCGUCCGGAGCAUCGCCGCCCACCUCUACAAGGACUCGGACAAGAAGAAGAAGAAGGACAAAAACAAUUACAUCGGGCUCGUCAGCAUCCCCGUCGCCGCGGUUACCGGGCGGCAGCUGGUGGAGAAGUGGUACGCCGUCAGCACGCCCAGCCCGCCGAAGGGCAAGGCGCCCGGGCCCAUGAUCCGCAUCAAGGCGCGCUACCAGAGCAUGAGCAUCCUCCCCAUGGAGAUGUACAAGGAGUUCGCCGAGUACACCACCAACAACUACAUGCUGCUCUGCUCGGUGCUCGAGCCGGGCAUCAGCGUCAAGAACAAGGAGGAGAUGGCGUGCGCGCUGGUCCACAUUCUGCAGAGCACCGGCAAGGCCAAGGACUUCCUCACGGACUUGAUGAUGUCCGAGGUGGAUCGCUGCGGGGAGAACGAGCACCUCAUCUUCAGAGAGAACACGCUGGCCACCAAGGCCAUAGAGGAGUACCUCAAGCUGGUGGGACAGAAGUACCUGCAGGACGCCCUCGGGGAGUUCAUUAAGGCUCUGUACGAGUCAGAUGAGAACUGCGAGGUGGAUCCGUCCAGGUGUUCCUCCGGCGACCUGCACGAACACCAGAGCAACCUGAAGAUGUGCUGCGAGCUGGCCUUCUGCAAGAUCAUCACCUCGUACAGCGUCUUUCCCAGAGAGCUGAAGGAGGUCUUUGCGUCGUGGCGGCAGGAAUGCAGCAACCGGGGCCGGCCGGACAUCAGCGAGCGCCUGAUCAGCGCCUCCUUGUUCCUGCGCUUCCUCUGCCCCGCCGUCAUGUCGCCGUCGCUCUUCAACCUGAUGCAGGAGUACCCGGACGACCGCACGGCGCGCACGCUCACGCUCAUCGCCAAAGUCACGCAGAACCUGGCCAACUUCACCAAAUUCGGUAACAAGGAAGAGUACAUGUCCUUCAUGAACCAGUUCGUGGAGCACGAGUGGAGCAACAUGCAGCGCUUCCUGGUGGAGAUCUCCAACCCGGAGACCAUCUCCAACACGGCGGGCUUCGAGGGCUACAUCGACCUCGGCCGGGAGCUCUCCACCCUGCACUCCCUCCUCUCCGAGGUGGUGUCCCAGAUGGACCAGAGUGCAGCCUCCAAGCUGGGUCCCCUGCCCAGGAUCCUGCGCGAGGUGAACGCGGCUCUGUCCAACCCGUCCUGCGUCCUGAUGUCCCCGGGACCGUCCUCGGGGGAGCACAUGGGCUCGCCUCCUGCCGAGGCCGGCUGCAGCAUCUCCACCGGCCUGCAGAAGAUGGUCAUAGACAGCGACCUGUCGGGAUUGGUGGACUUCACCAGGUUACCUUCUCCUACCCCGGAGAACAAGGACCUGUUCUUUGUGACGAGGAGCUCCGGGAUCCAACCUUCCCCAGCGCGCAGUUCCAGUUACUCCGAGACCAAUGAAGCGGACGUGGGCAUGGCCAACGGCAGCAAGAGCCUGUCCAUGGUGGACCUCCAGGACCGCGGCCUGGACGGCGGCCCGGGUCCGAGCCCCCCGGAGGCCCCGGGUGAGGGUCCAGCAUCCGGGGGAGGGUGGUCGGCCAGAGUCCCGCAGGUCAACGUGCCCGCUGGUCCCACCCUGAGGAGGCCGGCCCAGACCCCCGCCGCCAUGGGUACGGACCCCCCGGGUCGACCCGCCCAGCUCCUCGCCCCGCUGUCGUUCCAAAAUCCGGUCUACCAGAUGGCGGCCUGCCUGCCCCUGUCCCCCCGAGGGAUGACCGACUCGGGCUCCGAGUGCCACAGUUCCGUAAGUUCCCAUAGCAACAACGAGGACGGACCGGCGGGGGGGAAGAACGCCUUCUUGAACCAUGGCGGCGGCGGAGGAGGCGGCGGCGGGAGCAGCGGGGACGAGUACACCCGGCGUUCGGGGGAGUUCAACCGGCGGCAGCUGUCCCUCACGGAGACGCAGCACCAGCCCAACGUCCCCAGGCAGAACAGCGCCGGCCCCCAGCGGAGGAUAGACCAACCCCCGCCUCAGAGCGUCACCCGGGGCCGCACCCCUCCCAACCUCCUCAACAGCGGGCCCUACCCCCGGCCCUCGUCCGGCAACGUGAUGACGUCGUCGCCCGACUGGCCCGGCAGCGGCGCGCGGCUACGGCAGCAGUCGUCCUCCUCCAAAGGGGACAGUCCCGAGACCAAGCAGAGGGCUCAGCACAAACAGGCCCCCUCCCCAGUGAACCCCAGUGCGCUGGACCGCACAGCAGCCUGGCUAUUGAAUAUGAAUGUGCAGUAUUUAGACCAUGAGGGGAUGGAGCCCGAGUCACUGAGACACAGAGAGGAUCUGACUCAGGUGGAGAAGUAUCAGCAGGAGAUCCUGGUGCUGCAGGAGAAGCUGCGGUCGUCGGUGCAGAAGCUGGAGGAGUACGAGUCCCGCCUGAAGGGGCAGGACGAGCAAGCCCAGAAGGUGCUGAUGGAGUACCAGGCCCGGCUGGAGGAGUCGGAGGAGCGCCUGCGCAGACAGCAGGACGACAAGGACCUCCAGAUGAAGGGCAUCAUCAGCAGGUUGAUGUCGGUGGAGGAGGAGCUCAAGAAGGACCACUCGGACAUGCAGGCAGUGGUGGACUCCAAACAGAAGAUCAUUGACGCACAGGAGAAGCGCAUAGCAUCUUUGGAUGCUGCCAACGCCCGUCUGAUGAGCGCUCUCUCCCAGCUGAAGGAGCGCUACAGCAUGCAGACCCGCAACGGCAUCUCACCCACCAACCCCACCAAGCUGCAGAUAACGGAAAACGGGGAGUUCAGGAACAGCAGCAACUGUUAAGAUGGAGGACCCCCCCCCCCCCCCUCGUGGGGUGACGGCGGGCGGGCCUGCGUGCGUGUGUACAGCUACUCGGUGCAAGGACGCGGACACGCAUGCGCGGACAUGCAUGCGCGGCUGCAUGCGCGUUGGAGAGACCGCGAGGGGCGUGUUUUUAAAAGCAAACAUUUCAAGGUCUUUGGACACCUGUGCAGCAGUGGGCGGGCCAACCCGAAGAGGCGGGGCCUAAGCGCGACGGACAGAUCCCACCCCCCCAGAGAGAUCGAGCUCCUCGUUGCCAGGGAGACGGCCGAAGGAGGCGGGGCAGAGCCUGUACAUAUGAAACUGAAAGCUGUCCGUCUGCCGGUGUGUGUGUGUGUGUGUGUGUGCGCAGUCGCUGGGACAAACCACUAUAUAACUACACACAGCCAGACACGGUCGCCAUAGCAACCCUCCUCUCCUCCUCUCUCACUUUAUUCCUCUCCCCCCUGACAACCAAGUGGAACCACUCAAACAAACAGAGAAGCGCAGUGAGGGUUAUCUCUGCUUUAUUUAAGAGUCGUUGUUUUAUGGAGAACCAAAUAGGAGCUAAAGAAAAUAGAUAUUUUUUGCCACAAAUGAUCUUUAUGUCCCCUUUGACUCCUCGGGUGUGUUCCCGAUGAGCAACGCCCCCCCCCCCCCCCCCCCCCCCGCUCCCCUCCUUCCCCACGGAGUGCACUUUGUGAUACGCUGUUGGUACAUGAAACGCCUUAAUUAGGGAACUUCAUCCCGCUGCUCCCCGAUUUCUGAAGAAAAAAAAAAAAGGCACAACUUAAACUGUGGAUUUGUAGAGAAUACAAAAAUAAAAUUAUACAUACAUAAAUGUUAUGAACACUAAAGUAAAUGAAUUCUAUGUGAUACUAUAUUAAUGAAAUGUAACAUUUCUUUUCUGCUAUAGAGUAUACACACACAUCUAUAUUUGAUAAUCUCAAAUAUAAAAGCAGCCCUUUAUCUAGGAGUGAGAUGUAUUUUUUAUUUUUCUUGUGAUGAAAGUCUGCAGUGUGUCGGAGGAGGAGGAGGAGGAGGAGGAGGAGGAGGAGGAGGAGGAAGAGGAGCGGUGCCGAGUCACCCAAUCAGAUCGCUACCCUUUACACGCAGGACGCACCACGUCUGUGCAGCAGUUCUCACGCUCUUCUGCUGGUGCUCAUCACGGCUCCCCAAACACACACAGAUCCAUUAAAAAAAAACACAUUUAGAUUUUAGGUUGAGUUGCGUGUGUGUGUGUGUGUGUGUGUGUGUGUGUGUGUGUGUGUGUGUGUGUGUGUGUGUGUGUGUGUGUGUGUGUGUGUGUGUGUGUGUGUGUGUGUGUGUGUGUGCGUGUGUGUGUGAUCUUCUCACUGUAGUAGCACAAUAGUUAUUGAGAGACGCGCUCACUCAUCUGAACACAGGAGGGUGAGCUGUGGCCUCCUCAGUGACCCCGUAAUGAAGUGUGCGCCAUCCAAACUGUGACUCUUAUUGACCCUAAUGGCAUCAUCUCUCUCCUCUUUUUUUUUUUUUGCUCACCUUCACCCCCCCCCCCCUUAUCCAUUGUUUAUUCCGGACGUGGGGUUGGAUGCGUCUGAUCUCCGUGCCCCUCGGCAUCCAUCGUUUGUAUAUUUCUGUGCGCAUGAGGCUCUGCAUGCUUCAUCCUCGCCGUGGUGGCAUCAGCACCACUUUGUUUUCUUCUUGUUUUCCAAUGUGAAGGUUAUGAAGAUGAUGAUGAUGAUGAUGAUGAAAGCUUUUCCUGCAGGCAUAUACAGUAAAUAUAUGAUAAGCCCCAGUGCAUCAAGAGGCUGGACAGCCUGGGAACGUGUAAAUAAAAUGCUCACACUAUUUUUACCUAACGUUAACAGAGCUUUUUGUAGAUGUAUCUUGUGCUCAAACUCUGCUGUACCAUUAUGGAAAACUGUAAAUACGAAAUAGUCGCUCAUCUGAACAGAACUGUUCACUUAAAUGAACCUUCCAGUGUUCUCCCGGUCCAAGCUAUUGUUUUUGUAUUUAGAGCGUAAUAUCACUAGCCAAAAAAAAACCAACAACAACUGACAAAGUAGGAUUUGGGAAGACGUGGAGGACACAACGCGAUCCUGCAUUUCCCAUCAGUCUUUGCACUUUUAUGUUCAGUGGUUGGUGUUCUUAAGUAGCUUCCUCUGUUUCAGGUGUUUUAAUAACGUGGCGGCGUUCAAAAACCGAAGGGAUUUUUUUGGUAUUCCAUCUUUAGAGCGUUCUUUUUUUCUUUUUUUUUCCUGCCUGGAUACAGAGGAAGAGCCUCAGGCCUCAUCGUGCCUCCUCGACCUGGAGACCUGGGAUGCAGAACCAAAAGAAAAAGAGAGAUGGGACCUUCCUCCUCGUUAGAUCUAAUUAGGCAUUUGGUCCUGAAACGACAACUAGUGAGACCACGUUACCUUUGACCAAAACAACAAUAGUCAUUUCUGGAGAAAGUGAGUUGAUACGAAACCACCUGCUUCUCAAUAAUCGUUGCUACGUGGUCUUUUUUAAACACAGCAGUGUGGUUGUUGUUGUUAGCAAAUGUUAUGGCUUACUUUAUGUGCUAUUGUUACACAAGCAUUGAGCCUUUUAGCUGAAGUCUACACAAUAAUCUACUCGUUGGGCAGCUGGGAGACGCACCGACCCGUUUAUGGCAGGUGGUGAAAACGGUUUUUAGUUGAAACAGGAGAUGGUCGCGUUUAACCUUUAGUUUUGGUGGUUUUCAUUGUGUGGCUUUAAACGGCAGUCUACAGUAAGACGAGUUAAAGAUGACACCUUCAAGUCCAUCGAGGACCUACAACAACAAGAGGAGGAGACUCUUGUUUCUCCCAAUUGUGUUUCCACCUCAGUUUUUUUUCAGUCCCCAAAUCACGAGCCGUCGUUUCCCAAACAGUUAAACCAGACAAAAGAUCGAUCUAAAAUAUAUAAAGCUAUAAAUAAAGUAAAAAAUGUUGUAUGUUUUCUAUUAUCUUGUAGAAAAUACUUUUGUAAGUAUGUUGAAAGUAUAAAGUAUUUGCUGGAUUCUGCUUCCUUUGACGAAAGUGACAAAACAAUAAUGUACAGAGGAAUUUAUGUUGACAAAAUGUGGCUGUGCAAUUUAUGUACAUUUGCAACUAGACCUAUUAAAGUUUUAUUUAGCUAUUUUAACAUGG